AUGGUAGGAAUGCUUGGUGAAAUUCGUUAUUCUAUUUUAAAUCAAAACCAAUUUCAAGAACUUUAUGGAAAAGAAUGGAUACUUAUGGAUGGUUCAUCUAUUUUGGGAAGUGAUUUGGAGAGAAAAUUUGGUUGGACAUUUGUACCUGAUGCGAGAGGACUUUUUUUAAGAUGUAAAAAUAAUGGAAGAAAUGAUGGAUUAGAAAACCCAAGUGGAGAAUUAAACCUAGGUCAAUAUCAAAAAGAUAAUUUAAAGUCGCAUAAUCAUGUUGGUUUAUUUGUUAAUAAUAUUGAGGGUCAAUGGGGACAGUCUUAUUACAAAGGAGAAUUUAAUUCUCAUAGACUUGCUACUCAAUCAUGGGAUUCAACAAGAUCUUUUUAUACGGGUUAUACGGGUGAAAAAGAAACUUGCCCAAAAUCUAUUACAGUAAAUGCUUUUAUUAAAAUUAAUUUCUCAAUGCAAUAUGAAUCAUGUGAAGGUCUUAAAUACGAAAUAUCCAAAUAUUUUAAGAAUCUUGAGCAAUUUCAUCAAGACAAGAUUUCAAAACUUCUUAAUAAAUCAGAUAAGCAAGACCUCUCAGAAGCUUUCUGGCAACUAAUAAAACCAUUACUUUUACCAAACAAGCAUAUAAAUGAUUCAAAUUUAUUAUUAGAAAUGAUUUUUAAAAUUUUAAUAACUAUAUCGGAAAUAACAAAACUUGAACCUGUUCUUUCUAUUUUAGAAAGAAUUCUGGUUACAUAUUUGUGGAAAGAUAUUACUAAACCACCAGUUAUGCUAGCCGGUUGCAGAAAUCGCAAUGCCGACGGCUCUGAUUACAGCAGACUUAACCUUUAUUCAGAGCUGGGAAAAUCUGGUUCUAGAUACUCAUGUUUGACCCGUAUUAGAAAAAUUUCUAAAAGUAAUAUACCUGAUGCAAAUGAUAUUUUUAAUAGUAUCAUGAAACGUAUUGAAUUCAAUAGUCAUCCUUCGGGUAUCAGCGCAAAUUUGUUCUAUUUGUCAAUACUCAUCGCACAUGAUUUAUUUAAUACUAGUUAUAAAGAUUCUACUAUUAACCUUAACUCCUCAUACCUUGACCUCGCUCCACUCUAUGGAAGUAAUCAUAAACAACAGAAUAGCGUUCGCACUUUCAAAAAUGGUCAAUUGAAGCCAGAUACGUUUGCUGAUUCACGAAUUUUGUUACAACCACCUGGUGUGGGUUCUAUGUUAAUUCUUUUUUCACGAAAUCACAACUAUAUUGCUGAACAACUCAAACAGCAAAAUAAGCUCAGAUUGGAUGAGGAUCUUUUCCAAACUGCACGUUUAAUUAAUUGUGGAUAUUAUAUGAAAAUUAUUUUACAUAAUUAUCUUCGCACUAUCCUCGGUCUUGAUCAAACUACAUCAGAGUGGUAUCUUGAUCCAAGACAUUCAUACAGUGAUAACUGGUUGCUUCAAAACUUGCCUACUGGAAUUGGAAAUCAAGUUUCCUUAGAAUACAGUUAUGUCUAUCGAUGGUAUUCAGUUAUCACAGAUGAUGAUACUAUUUGGGUUGAAAAAAAAUUCAGAGAAAUUCUACAGCAGGAUGAUAUAACUAAAAUUAAUUCUGAUAAAUUCUAUAAAAAAUUAGAAGAGUGGUUCGAUGGACUAGAUGAAGAUCCAUACGAAUGGAACAUUGAUAAUUUGAUAAGAAAAUCGGAUGGAAAAUAUGCAGAUUUUGAUAUUGCAAUAAAUCUCAUAAAAGGAACAGAAAAUGUUGCUGGCGCUUUUGGAGCGAGAAGUAUUCCCGAGAUCUUUCGCAUUAUUGAGAUUUCCAGUAUUAAAUCAGCUAGAGAUUUAGGAUUAUGUAGUCUCAAUGAUUUUCGCCGUUUUCUAAAUUUACAACCUUACAGUUCAUUUGAAGAUAUGAUGGGUUUAGAAAGCUCUGAUAAUCAGAUAUUAAAAGAUCUUAAAAGGCUCUAUAAUAAUGAUAUUGAAAACGUUGAAUUGUAUCCAGGUCUCAUGACAGAAAAGACUAAACCUGCUAAUAACAUAGGUUCAAUGAUUGCAUUUCCAUAUACUAUUAGCCGUGCUAUUCUAUCGGAUGUUGUUAAUCUUAUUCGAAAUGAUCGAUUUUACACUGAUGAAUUUGACCAUUAUAAUUUAACAUUUUGGGAUUGGGAAAAACUUGAAAAAUCAAAAGAUUUAGUAUCUGGUGGCAUUAUACACCAACUCAUCCUAGAGCACUUCCCUAAAAUUUAUAAAGCUAAUUCGGCUUGGGCUUUAUAUCCAUUUAUUGCAAGUUCACAUAUUAAGGAUUAUCUUAAAAAGCGUGGUGAUGACUUAUAUGAGAAACUUGAUUAUUUUAAACCAC